AUGGCAAUGAACAGUGUGUCCUCCGAAGAAUUUAGCUUCCCAUCGCUCGCUUCACAAGAUUCUUCCCAAUUUUCCGGACUCGAUUCACCUCCACUGUGGAAACACUCGUCGCAGAAGUUUCGCCGGUAUGAUUACGACAGAGGUUUAACGAGAUUGAUCAUCGGAAAAGACGGUGAUGACGAACAGACGAAGAGCUUCUCUUAUGUGGAGACGAGAAGUCUUUGGAGCGAUAAAGCAGAGGAGAAAAUGGAUAUGUUGUGGGAAGAUCUCAACGAAGAACUUCCGCCUAGAAGCCAGAGUCUGAGGAUCGAUCCCGGCGGCGACUACGGCGGAGAGGAGAAGUCGUCUGUGGCGGUUGGGAGCGGGAUGAAGUUAACGAAGAAUACGCCGGCGAAGAAGAAGAGUCCGAAUGUGUUGGUGUUGAUCAGGAUUUUGAGAAAGUUUCUUGUGUUGCGGAGUUCGUCUCAGAGAUCGCCGGCGAAAACUCAUCCACGCUUUUUGUCCGAUUUCGGUCUCUGCGACGCCCUUUCUUACACACUUAGGGCUCUCUCACUGACGCCAUUUGGCCUCUCUAUUCAACAACUCUCAGACGAAAAGAAACUGAUGGGUGUGAUCAAUGUUCAGAACUCUCCAUCGUUCUCAAUUCAUCGCUCAGAGGCAGCAAAUCAACGAAAGUCUCGACCUUUGAAGAAACCCUUCUGCUCCUUCGGUAAAAACACCACUAGGGUUUACUGUGUUCAAGCUUCAAGUCCAGCUGUAGACGAAUCCAAGAACACAGCAAUCAUGGGAGACUCUUUUAUCCGUCCACAUUUGAGGCAAUUGUCUGCUUACCAACCAAUUUUACCCUUUGAGGUAUUGUCAGCUCAAUUAGGAAGAAAGCCUGAGGAUAUUGUCAAGUUAGAUGCAAACGAGAACCCUUAUGGUCCUCCUCCAGAGGUUUUUGAAGCAUUAGGCAAUAUGAAGUUCCCUUAUGUCUAUCCUGAUCCACAAAGUCGGAGACUUCGUGAUGCCCUUGCUCUAGACUCUGGUCUUGAGUCUGAAUACAUUCUUGUUGGUUGUGGAGCUGACGAGCUAAUCGAUUUGAUCAUGAGAUGCGUGUUGGAUCCUGGUGAGAAGAUUAUAGAUUGUCCUCCGACUUUCUCAAUGUAUGCGUUUGAUGCUGCUGUGAAUGAUGCUGGUGUCAUUAGAGUUCCAAGGAAUGCUGAUUUCAGCUUGAAUGUAGACAGAAUCGCUGAAGUUGUAGAACAAGAGAAACCUAAAUGCAUAUUCCUAACUUCUCCUAACAAUCCAGAUGGGAGUACCAUCAAAGAGGAAGAUCUGUUGAGGAUUCUCGACAUGCCUAUCCUCGUUGUUCUUGAUGAAGCUUACAUCGAGUUCUCAGGAGUUGAAUCAAGGAUGAAAUGGGUGAAGAAGUACGAAAACCUUAUCGUUCUCCGCACAUUCAGCAAACGAGCUGGUUUGGCCGGGCUUAGAGUUGGAUAUGGAGCGUUUCCAUUGAGCUUAAUCGAGUACAUGUGGAGAGCAAAGCAGCCGUAUAACGUCUCUGUUGCAGGGGAAGUAGCUGCUUUAGCAGCUCUAUCAAAUGGGAAGUACUUGGAGGAUGUGAGAGACGCGUUGGUGCGCGAAAGAGAGAGACUUUUCGAGCUUUUGAAAGAGGUUCCUUUCUUGAAUCCGUAUCCGAGCCAUUCCAAUUUCAUUCUCUGUGAGGUUACAUCUGGAAUGGAUGCAAAGAAGCUGAAAGAAGAUUUGGCUAAAAUGGGUGUGAUGGUUCGUCAUUACAAUAGUAAAGAGCUUAAAGGCUUUGUUAGAGUUUCUGCUGGGAAGCCUGAGCACACUGAUGCUCUCAUGGACUGUCUUAAGCAGUUUUAUUGA